GGCGUAGCGCGGGCGGAGGUCGGGGCAUCACCGGGUCCAGGAACGCCGAGAAGACUCCCGAGGGGUACAACGACGAGACGCGGGACGACGCGGCGGUUCCGUCGCCGGCGAACACGCGGGGAACAUCGCCGAGCAGGCUGGCGGGCACGGGGGUAGCCGUUCCAAGGGCAUGGCGACUACGCCAAUAGGCGGUCGCCUCCCUAACGUAAGCCACCACCACCACCAUCACCACCACCAUCACCACCAUCACCACCAUCGCAAGGGAGCCGCAGCCCAGGCAGCGACCUCGGAAGUCGUCGGCGGUAGCAGCGAGCCCCCGCCGUCGACGGGAUCGGCACCGGGACCGGGAGCGGCCCCCUCCAGGAGGCACGGAACACGGGACCAUCGGGAGGAGAGCAAAGGUCGCGGCGAAAGGUGCGAGAGGUCGAGCAAGGGCACGGAGAAAGCAGGCACGGUGGCUGCUAACGCCGGGGACGGGGACACGGGCGCAACGAGCGCCACGAACAACUUCGAGUACGACGACAAUGAGUGGGACAUCGGCAUAGGGGAGCUGAUAAUCGCCCUGGAUGCGGACAUAGAGAAGACGAGGGACGAGCGAUCGAGCCUGGCCGCCGCGACAGGCAUGGCUUCUACGCCUGCCCCGGCAUCGACCACGAACCCGGCCCAGCUACAGAGCAGCGCGACCUCCUCGACGACGACUUCGAGCUCCUCCUCGUCCUCCGCGUCCUCCGCGUCGGCCCCGAACGGGACCGUGGGCCCCGGAAGCGGGUCGAACUCGUCCUCCUCCUCCUCGUCGUCCUCUUCCUCCUCGUCCUCGUCGGGCGGCUCGAGCCCCGGCGCGGCCUCCUCGGCAGUCGGCGCAGCGGCCGCAGCGACCGCGAGCGGCCCGGGCGCCGCCGCCGGCUCGGCCCCCGCCGCCCCCGGCAGCGCGGGCGCCCCCGGCCUCGGCAGCGGGCCGGCCACCCCCGGCGGGCCCCCCGCCAAGCAGCAGCCCGGCGCGGCCGCCAACGGGAACCCCGGCAAGAUGGCCGUGGAACAUUCGGCCACCGUCGACAAGGGCCUCAAGAUGAAGAUCAAGCGAACGAAACCCGGCACCAAGACGAGCGAGGCCAAGCACGAGAUAGUCAAGAGCAACGAGCUCAACGGGACGGUCUCUUCGGGCUCGUCCUCGUCCGCGCAGGACGCCGCCAACCCCGGGGCCGCGGGCCCCCAGGCCGCGCAGGCCGCCCAGAACGCGGCGGCCGCGGCCGCGGCGGACCUCGUGGCCGCCGGCCCCGGCGGACCCGCGGGCCCCGGCGGACCCAACGCCGGCCCCGCCGCCGCCAACGCGGCCCCCUCCAAGGGCAAGCCCCACUCGCCCGCGGGGGCGGCCGCGGCCAACGCCGCCCCGGCGCAGCCCGCCACCACCACCUCCAAGCGUGGCUCCAGCGGCCACCGGCGCGACAAGACGCGCGACAAGCACGACAAGCCCCCGACCACCCACGCGCCGCCCCCCUCCCAGCAGGCCAAGCCCGAGAUGAACGGCACCGCGCGACCGCCCCCAGGGCAGGCGCCUGCCGCUGGCCCCCAGGGGCCCACCCCCGCGGCCACCGCGCCCCAGCAGCCCCAGGGCCCCCCGCCCGGCUCCAGGACCGGCUUCCCCGUCUCCCAGGGGCCCGGCCCACCCGCUACCAGCGCCGCUGCCCCCUGUCCCCCGCCCAGCCCCGCCAGCGCCACCGCUGCCGGCUCCGCCGCCAAGCCCGAGCAGACCAAGGUCGCCGCCGUCCCCGGCCCGCCGCUCACAACCCCCGCCGAGGAGGCGAGGGACACCGCCGCCAGCCCCCCGCCCGCCAAGAAGCUCAAGACCUCCAACGGCGAACCAAAGGACAUGUCCGACAUGUGUGUCGGUACCAGUGUGGGGACCAUCACGGAACCCGAGUGUUUGGGACCAUGUGAACCAGGUACCUCGGUAACCCUGGAAGGCAUCGUUUGGCACGAAACUGAAGGAGGUGUAUUGGUGGUGAACGUGACGUGGCGGGGAAAGACGUACGUGGGGACACUCCUAGACUGCACGAGGCACGACUGGGCGCCGCCCAGGUUCUGCGACUCGCCAACGAGCGACCUCGACGCCAGGACGCCGAAGGGCCGAGGGAAGCGCGGCCGAGCCGCGGCGAACGCGACGCCCGGCAACGACCUGAGUAACUUCACGGAGACGCGGAGCUCCGUGCACAGCAAGCUGAGGAACGGCGGGGCCAAGGGCCGCAGAGGGGCGCAGGGCUCGCCCGCGGCGAGUCCGUCGCCGGCGGCUUUCGUCCCACCCCGACCGGACCCCGCGGCGAAGCGGAAGUCGCGCGGCCCCGAGGAAGAGGAGAAGAACAAGCGGAGGGCCCCACCCCCGACGCCGCCCAGCGGCUCGCCCCCUGCGAGCCCGGUCCUCCUUGAAUGCCCCGAGCCGAACUGCAGCAAAAAGUACAAACACAUCAACGGACUGAAGUACCACCAGAGCCACGCGCACGGCUCGGCGGACGACGAAGACACGAAGGAGGGCAUCACCAGCAUGUCGGAGAACGACGAGAGCAACAUCGAGGCGCCGAGCCCCGCAACGCCCGUCAAGUCGCCGGCCGACAAGCCCGAGGGCACGCCCGUGAGGGCGACGAGUCCGCCCGCGACGAGUCUGCCGCCCGAAACGCCACCCCCGCCCAGGGUGCCCUCGCCGAGUAUAGAGCCGCCCACGCCGGUCCACUCUGACAAGAGCAUCGUGAAGCCGGGCGUGCUGAGGUUCGGUCAGGACGACCUGCCGGCGCCCGUGGGGGCAGCGGCAACCGCGGUAGUCGUGGCAGCCUCGGUGCCGCCCCCCAGGUCCGGGCAACCCGGGCAGGCGACGAAUCCUCCCCAGAGCCCGAGCCCCAGGCCGAGCCAAUCCCCCAGGCCGGUGCCUUCGCCGCACCCCGCCGUCGGCAUGCCUCAGCCGCUGAACAUCCCGCAGCCGCCCCAGCCGGUGCAGGUCCAGCAGCAUUCCCAGAACUCGUUGCUGCAGCCCCAGCAGGCGCAAAUGGCGCCAGGGCCGCAGCAGCAGGGGCCGCCCGGCCAGCCGAUGCAGGCCGUGCAGCCGCAACUUCAGCCCGCCCACCAGUUGCAGCAGGUACAGCACCCUGGGCAACCUCAGCUGGGUCAGCCUGCGCAGGCGCACACGGUCCAGCAGUCCGUUCUGCAGCAGCAACCGCCGCCGCCGCCGCAGCAACAGCAACCUACCGGGGUGCCUGGCAUGCCAGGCCAGCACCCUGGUCUGCAGGGGCUGACGAAUCAGGUCGGCCAGCAGCCCGGUAUGAGGACCGCCUCGCCCGGCCACCCUGGACAAACGAUACAGUCGCACCUGCAGCCGUACCCUAACGUGGGUCUGCACCCGAAGAUACCGCAGUUUAAGGUCAAACCGACCGCCGCUCUGAUGCCCGAACAGGACAAGAGCAAGGACCCCAGGAAUCCGAAGCCUCAGGGCUACAAGAAGAAGUCCAGGAAAUCUCCGGGUGGGAGUCCGCAUCCUUCGCCCCUGGAAGCGCCGAUGAUGGACAACGCGAGGGAAGACGUUCAGAGUCCGGCGUACUCGGACAUUUCGGAUGACGCCGCGCCCGUUCUCGAGGCCGAGUCCGCCGACAAGGCGAAGCAGGGUCCCGAGAAGGAUCCCAAGGCGAACGCCCCGAGUCACCUGCCGGCGCACUUCGGCAUGUAUCCGUAUUACGGGCAGCCACCGUACCUGGUGUCGAGCGUUCAAGAGAAGCCCGGCGAUCCCAAGCCGAGUGACCUAACACCGAAACAAGAGGUGAAGCCCCUGAAUAUACCGCAAAUGCCUUCGAUGACUAGCCUGCAAAAUCCUGAGAAGGACAAGAAGGAGCUGAACCCCCCUGCGCCGCAGCAACAGCCCCAUUACUACGGGGGUUAUGGAGGUUACAUGCCGCCUGGGUAUCCGUACCAGCCGCAACCCGUGCCCCAACAGCAAAACCAACCUGCCGAGCAGGAGGCCCACGAGCAGAAGGUGAAGGUGAAGCAGGAGCCACAGCCUCAGCAGCCCAGUCUCAAGGAUAAGCAGCACGAGAAUCAUCAGAUACUCAAAGAAAGCAUCGAGAUGAAGAGCCAAAUGGCCCCGUACAUGUACCACGUACCGCAGAGUCAAAGGACACCUUUGUCCGGAUCUUACCACCUAUAUCCUGGGGAACAGACUAGGAAAGAGGAGGCGGCAAAGAGGCAACAGUCCAAGCCGCCACCGCCGAGUCCGAAGCACCAGCCUAAGCAGGAAAAGCCGCAGGAUCUCGGCAAACCCGAGGACCCCAAAGGCAAACAGGAGGGCGUCAAACCCACGAUGGAGACCCAGGGACCACCUCCACCUCCCACCUCUCAAUACGCGUAUAUCCAUCCGGGAUACAUGCAGCCCCAGCACUAUGGAGCUCUACCCUUCGACCCCGGUCACCCGGUCUACCGAGGUCUCAGUCCCAUGUUGGUACCGGGACCGUACUCGGGCAAUCCGUACUUGCAUCAGCUCCCGAGGUACCACGCCCCCGAGGACCUGAGCAGACCUCCGGGUGGCAAGGCCCUCGACCUGCUGCAACACCACGCGAACCAGUACUACUCGGCCCACAAGAUCCACGAGCUCCAGGAGCGGGCCCUGAAGUCGCCCACGCCCAAGAGCUCGGCGGCAUCGGCGAGUCCCUCGGCGGCGGGUCCCACUCCCGCGAGGCCGCCCAGCGGACCCCCUACGUCGGCCGCCGGUCCUGGGCCACCCCAAGGACAGGGUCAACAGCAGCAAGGGAAGCAACAGGGUCAACCCGGCGGGCAGCAGCAGCAGGUCGGCGGCGACGCCGCCGCCGGCAACCUCGGCAAGGACAACAGGUCGCCGCCCCCGCAGAGGCAUGUCCACACCCACCACCACACGCACGUGGGGCUGGGGUAUCCCCUUUUAACCGGACAGUACCCCGCGCCCUACGGAGCGGCAGUGCUGGCGAGUCAGCAGGCCGCCGCGGUAGCCGCUUCGGUGAUCUCGCCUUUCCCGCCCAAGUGACCCGCGGCCCCCGCUCCCGUUCCCGCAGCCGGAAACUCCGCACAAACCCAUCACUCGCACCCCGCCGCGAGCGGGAACGCAGCUCGUCAGACCUAGGACACGCCGCCCUGCGGUUUGCGUGCGGCGGGUGCGCAGCUCGGCCGCACGCGAGCUCGGCCUACACCUAAAUCCAGGUCCGGCCCCGGUGUUCGGCUCAGGAGCUAGGACCUCCAGGCGGUUCGCUCGCUGGAGUACCCCCCGAGGAUGCGAUCUCUUAGGGUCGGUUCUCCACGAUUUCGGGUCGAAGAUAGCUCGAGCCGCUCAGUUUGUCCAAAUUGAGGGCCCCCCACGUGGGCUGGAUGCAACCGAUAGGUGCAACGUGGCAUGGCCAGGUCUGGGACGCGUCGCCACGUGGUUUGUGCGAGGAGUGCUGGUCGAUGCUAGUGGGGAACACGGAUGGAACUAGGAGUGAAGUUAGCGCUAGCACGUUAGUCCACGUCGAAGCUAGGAAACUGGCGCCGGUACCAGGGUCCGAUUGGACGGAAUAUGGCGUUCCUUCGUUGGAGAACCGUUUUUGGGUCCGCCGCCACGAUACGAUCUAGAAAGAGGAAUCCGAAGCAGUUGUCGAAGUCAGAUCUGGAACGAGCCACCAUGGAUGCACGGGUGCACGGCUCGAUCGCUAGUCUGGAACUAGGACCAAAGCGUUCUCUGGGAGUGGAACCGAAAUUGAUACCGGCAUCGGUCCCGGGAGUGAACCUUUCGAGGGAAGGGAAUCCUCCAAAUUCUCGAGAAUUAUCGCCAAUGUCACAACCUAUCUCGAGUGUCAGACUUCGGAUUGGUACUGUAACGCGAUUCGCUUGCUCGUAAACUCGACAUAGAUCUGGGACUUGGACCGGAGUUGGCACUAUCGCCGGCACUAGCGCUAAGACUGGAACUGGUACUGGUACCGGAAUCCGAUGAAUACCCGGAAUGUUGGCGGCGUUCACUUGUCGGGAAACCUUCCUAGCUGGAGAACUAUUCUAGGGCCAAUUAAAACAAUCGGAUUAGAGGAAGAGGCGAAGCGGUUUAGUUGUCGAAAUCACAAGUCGUGCCACGAGUGGUAGUGCUACGAGCGUCUCGGCUGGCGAUAACUCGCGGGGGGUCUGUAAUAUAAAUGGUGCACGUAAGCCCAACACGCGGUUGUCCAAGCUCAUCUCUUUGUACAAAGUCGACGUGAAUCCUCGAUGUAAAUAGCCUAUAACGAGCGCAAUUCGUCGUGUAAUAUAGAUAUACAUAGGUUACUGUAGCGAAGUGUCGAGCGGACAUACUUGUAACGAGCGAUGCGCGGCGUCGGAAGGCGAGGGCUCUUCUUCUGACUGCACAUUAUAUAUCGCGUUUCCUGAAACAGGCAAAGUACUCAAUUUCCAUAAAACCUGUAGAAGAAACGACACUCGAAAUGCUUCCUACAUUUUCGGGAUUUCCCGUGCUAGGGAAAUGUUUUAAUCGCGUCAUGUAUAGGGAUGUUGAUCUCUUGUAACGAUAUGCUUUCGAAACGUGUCGAUGACUCGAUUCGUUGGCACUUUUUAAUUUACACGUUUAAAUUAGCUUUACGGAGACACGAAUCUGAGAACAGAUCACGAUUUCGUGGUACAACGUGCACCGUCUAAGUAUUUGGGUAGUCCGUGUCAAUGUACGCCCCUUUUAUAAACGCAACAAGAAAUGCAGACUCAGAUCGGAGAUGUAACGAUAGAUUAAUGUUCAAAGUGACUAGUAUAUUUCAUAAUGUAAAGGAACGCGUUUGUUCUCUCCGUGGAAACUUUAUGUUCUUUGUUAUCGUCCUAGAAUCGUGCUUAUCACGUUUAUUCGUGUAAAUUUGCUUUGCAGGGUGACACGAAGAAAAGUACCCGACUUCCGGCGCAUCCGCAAGUGCUGACGCAAACGAAAUACGACCUGCUGAAUGGCAAGUCCCCGUUAGACUGAAAACUUACGGAUUUUCGCAGGAUCCUUAUUUCGAAGCUGCAUCCGCCCUGCGUGAAAUGGCGUUUAUUUCACUCCAUAAAAAUUAAGAAAAAGAAAAAAAAAAAAGAAGAUAAAAGUGAAUAUGAUCCUUCGGAGCACGUAAAUGUCUCCUUGACGAGGAAUACCAAUGCGAUUUGGUUAUAGCCUAAUAAAGUUUGCUCGAGCCAUGAAGAUUUCGCUGCAAUAAAUGCACUAUUUCCUUAUGCACGUGCAGUUUAUUUGGCUGUCGCAAAGUUCCUCUGUCAAGCGGAAAUUUGUUCAUCCAGGAGAGCCUUUUACGUCGCAGGGCGAGAACAGCUUCCUGCACCUCUGACGCGGCCGUGAGUUGACACAAAGUGAAAUUUCUAUUAAGCAUAUGAUACGAGCGAGUGAAAAAAAGAAGAAUGGGGAAACAGGAAUGAAAGCGUAUACGUGCAUGACUGAUUAACGCGUGCGAGGUAGAGAGCGAGCGGACCAAUAGAGGGAAUGAAAACGAAUGCGAGGAAGAGACAGAGAACGAGGGCCGUAAACCCUGUUAAUCGGAUCAAUGUAUUUUACCUGUAAAGAAUAUACUUCAGACUUGGAUUUUUGUAGAGAAAUUGCAUAUAUUUGCUAAACGCUAUCCCCUAUAGGCGAUUUAAUUGUGUAUUAUUAUUACGACUUAUCAUUAGUACCGGUAACGAUGUAAAGGAGGGAAGACGGUGGUACUUGGUGUAAGCGCGGACGAGAUGGAUGGA